ACGUACAUAAUUAUAUGUACACACCACAUUAUGUUCUCCAAUCAUGCAGGCAGAGGCAGGGGCAAUGUAAAAAGCAAGUAAGAGAUCAGAAGUUUGAAAGAAAAACAAACUGAUAACCAUAAAAAGAAAAAAAAAAAAAAAACUGAACGACGCCGUAAAGAGGGAACGGCUACGGUGCUAAUAGUACAAUAGUUAGCACCGUCCUAAUCAAGAGAAAAACCACUACUAGUUUGAAUUAGUAGUGAUUUAACUUAGAUGUUGUAUUGAUUUUAUAAUAAUCCGUAGUGAUUUCGUUAUUUUUAGUAGCGUUUUUUCCUAGUUAUCACGGUACUAACCCCUACAAGGGUUAGCACCUAAUCCCAUCCCGGGGAGGGUUUACGGUGCUAAUUGUACAAUAGUUAGCACCGUCCUAACCAAGGGAAAAACUACUACUAGUUUGAAUUAGUAGUGAUUUAGCUUAGAUGUUAUAUUGAUUUUAUAAUAAUCCGUAGUGAUUUUUGCUAGUUAUCACGGUGCUAACCCUAAGGGUUAGCACCUAAUCCCAUCCCUCCCGUAAAGAGCAAGUAAGAGAUCAGAAGUUUGAAACCAAAAAAAACGACGCCGUUGCCGGGGAUCGAACCCGGGUCACCCGCGUGACAGGCGGGAAUACUUACCACUAUACUACAACGACAUUUUUGUUUAGUUUAAAUGAUUAAGGAAAUAAAUAAGUUUUGUGCAGUGAGCUGCUUGAUAUAAUACGAUUUUCGAUUUACAGAGCAGUGGCGCGAAUUUUGAUUUCGUUUUCUGGAAGAGCAGAACGUUGGCCAAUCUUCUCGCUUCUUCUUUCAGGUCUCUCUCCCUCUCCCUCUCAAUCUCGCAGAGUCGACUUGGUGCGUUGUGAUUCGGCGAGGAAAUGCGAACUCGUUUCCUGAACAUAGACUACUUCAGCUCUUGUUCGUCUUCGUCCUCUUCCGUCGAAACCCUAACUAUCGUUGAGCUCCCGGUGCCGGACCUCGCUACUCCGCGUCUCUUCAAUGUCGAGGAGGAUUUCGAUGGCUGCGAAGACGUCGCUCCUUUUUCGCUCGAGAUAGGGAAAUUGCCUAUCGAAGCUGCUCUAUCGAGGUUUAUUGCGGAAGUAGUGCCUCAGUUCGUUGAUACUGCAGAUUUCGGAGAUGUCUGGUGCGGAGAAGAUAAACAAGGUUCAAUUGGCGAGCUACGAUCGUUCGUCUUCGUAAGUGAUCGGAACACACUCCUCGAGAAGGAGGAGGACGGUAGUUUUGUGGCAGAUGAGAGCAUAGAGGCUCAUGAAGUCAUAAUGUUUGAAGCACCAGAGGUUGAUGCGUUUCUGGGGGAGAGACACUCGUUCGUGGAGGGUUUGCAAAGUCUCUCUGAAGUUUCAUACACUGAGAAAAAGCUGGACCUGCCUAUUCCAGGUCUUCCAAUGCAGCCUUAUAACAAGAUUAAGGAAUCGAUUUAUUCAGUCGGUGAUGUCUCUUUAGAGUAUGACAUCAAUCAAAUGCCCUAUGCAUGUGAAGAUGAUGGAUCCAUGCAGGGGCGAACAUCCUCAAAUCACGACUUAUUCCCUACUUUAGAAGUUCAUGAAACUAAUCUUCGACCUAUCACAGGAUGCUUUAAGGAACACCAGUUUCUAUCAUUGCUAGAAAGCAUGGAGACCCAGAGUGCCAGUACUGAGAUGGAGGCCUUUGGAUCUGUAAAGUGUGAUAUUUUUGAGGCUCCCUCAGACCAUUGUCUAUCAAAGGACUGCAUAAACUCUGAGGUCACAUCCUCUGAUUCAAUUCUACUAGUGGACGAUAUAACCAUAGUGGACACCAUAUGUCAUCAAGAAGGCUCUGCUGUUUGUUCUCUUCCAACAGAGCCUAUCACUUUUGAGGAGCUUGUAUUUGUCUGGACACCCUUAUCUCAACUUUGCGAUAUCUUCUUCAAUAUGCAAAAAAGUCUCGAAUCAGAAAAUUGUGACUUGAUGACCCAGAAAGAAUUGAACUUCAGGAAUUUGAAUGAUUUGGUUGUUUCUUCUGAGCUGGCUCUGAUAGAUGGCACUUUCAGAACAAUGCCUGCACCUAUUCUUUCCGACCAGGAUAGGAUAAAAUCAAUGUAUACCAUCCUUGAAGAAGUGCUCACGGAACUAAAGGAGCAGCCCCUCUCUGCAUCUAAUGAUAUUUACUUGGAUUGGCAUUUUCUAUAUGGUGAUUUGUGCAACUGUAAAAUUGGCUGCCGCAGUAUUCAUGGAUUGGAGGAUUUGGAUUCUCACACCCGAAAGCUGGAUAUGGAAUUCUCUGAUGAUGGAAAGCCGAUACUUGACUUCAUUCUUUCUGAUUUUACUUUGUUCAAGACGGAUGAACAUCAGGAAUCACUUAUUAUUCUUCCUGAAGGCUUGCCUGGCUCUUCAAGUAUGUGCCCAGGUGGUAAAUUUCCAAAACCAGCAAUGCUUAGACAACUGGAUGUGGAAAAUGGCGGGAAGGCUUCCGCAUUGUUCAAGUCCAUGUCGCAAUUGAAUGAUCUCGACCUUUUCUUGAAUCGUGGGAAAGCAACUGCUAAGAAAAGAAAUGAGCCAGCAGUUAAGGCACCCAACCUACAUCCCGUGCUUCCUGAGGAAGAAGUUUUCAAUCGGGAAGAAAGUAUGGGCCAACAUAGUCUGAAUGAACAACUGAACUCCAGACCUAUGGAUUAUAACAUAGAGAAAGGGUCUUCAGAGGCGACAGAUGAAGGAUCUAUACAGCAUCUUUUUGGUCCUAGUGCAGCUAACUCUAAGUGUACUCAAGGAAGCAAAGUUUCUGGCCCCAAGACUGUCAUUGUUGUGAAUACUCAAAACUUUGACAAGGAAAUGAUAAUGUCCAGAAGAAGCGUCUAUAAUAAGAUUCUAGUAAUGGAAAAGGACGGAACAGAAGUCGUAGAACGUGACAUAGAUCUUCCUGUGGACGUCCUGAUAAAUUCUGCCAUGUGCCUGGCCUGGUAUGAUUGCAAAACUAUAAGAAAGAAUGCAACCACUUUUGAAGAAGCUUCGUCAGGCUUUCGUUUGUGCAUUGAGAAUAUUGCCACACAUGUUCUCACCUUGCUGAGUUUCACUUUCAGUGGCUGCAUUCUGGUCUUUGAGGGGGAAAUCAACUUUCUCUCUGCUGUGAUGGAAUCCUCGGAUGGACUUUAUGCUGCAGCAGCAGGCCUUGGAAUAGAUUUACAGAUUUUCUGUUCAUACUCAUCGGAGUUGACCGGUGAAAUAAUUUUGGGCAGUGUCUUACAUACAACCAAGGUGUCCAUGAGCAUAUGUCCUAAAAUGCCGGAAUCAGAAACCCUUGCAGAAUCAUUCCUCACCAAGUUCCCUUCAAUUAAUCCUCUGGCGGCUCAUGCAAUACUGUCUUCUGGAGGGACACUCAUCGAGUUUCUUGAAUACUCUCAUGAGCGUAGGAUCCUUGCACUCCAACAGCAUCGUAUUCCUGAAGAAAGCAUAUCACUGUUUAGUGCAUUAUGCAAAUAUGGUGAGGGGGAGGAUUCUAAAUCUGCAUUGACAGACUCCCUCUCCUCCGCAUCAUCUGCAGCAAACUCCAACAAACAUCAUAUAAGUCCACAUUCUGAGAGGAAGAGAAAGAAAUAUGUCCAUAGUCCUCCAAAGAUGGAUAUAUGCAUGGACAACGGGUGGCAGUUUCAACCAGUAGACAAAAAGGAUUGUUGGACGCCUGAUGUAAAGGAGAUUCUGGAUGAGCCGAAACAGCCUAUCCCACAUCUGGCAGGCUUUUCUGGCCAGAAGCAAAAAUCAAAUGCUGAUGUGGCUGUCAAUUCUUGUAGUCUGCCAAAACCAUAUGAUGCCUCUCGGCACUCAAGAGCUGCAAAGGUAAUGGACAAAUUGCCCAACAGAGGGAUUUUUCUGAAUCAGUUCUUGAGUCAAAACCAGGGAUCUGAUGCCAGUGAGAACCGGCGUAAGGACUUCAUGGGUGACAUCAUUGACCUCACUAAUAGUCCCUCAUCGGAUAAUGAGAGUCCCUCUGCAAAAGAUUCAGCAUAUUUCCCCUCAUGGUUGCGUGAAGAAGAUCAAGAUUUUAUUAGCAAACCUAAAGCUGCAAGAAAACUGGCAUAUGGCGGGGACAGCUUGUUUAGCUUCCCAACGGCCAGUGAGAUAAAUCCCAAAAUAGAUAUAUGGGCGUCCUUUAAGGAUCACGGCAAAAGCAGUUCGCUAGACGUUAAAGGUUUCUAUGAUGAUGAUUAUAACCAACUUAAGUUUUCUGCAGAAGACCAGAGUGCAGACUUGAAAGAGUUUCCAGCACAAAGAAGUCGGGCAGGAAGUUCUGUUGGGUUGCCUCCUGAAGAGACGGCACAUUUUGGCCCAGCAUCAUUCUCUAGAAAUGUACAUAGCGAAACACCAAUGUCUAGAGCCAUUCAUUCUUCCGAACCUCAGACUAGUUCACCAUGGACAAUUGAGUUUCUUAACGGGAUCAGAGAGAGGAGCAGAUUGCGGAAGCUUUCAUUGCAAAGCAAUACAUCUCCUGCCGCUCCUGGCUAUACAAUAGAUGUAUCUAAAGGUAUAAAGAGGAGAAGCCCUUCCGUCAUCGACUUUUUCAAGUACCAAGGAGGUCACACUCCUGAUAGAAGAUCUGGACCCAUGAAGCAGAAGCCGCCUACUCGGUCAUUAAGUGCAUCAAGGAUUGGGAGAGUUCAAGCAUCAGUUUCUCCAAUAAGGACUCCCAUCGAUAGAAGGGCAAAGCAGACACUGUCAUUUGCAAAGAGUAGCAGUGGAAGCCAAACUAAGCUAGUAUGGACUGAUGGUGGUGUGAGGCGUUUGAACAAAAAGAUGCGGAAUCAGUAGCGAAAUGUCAUUCAGCAAAUAGGUAGCAACACAGACUUCUUUGGAUCAACAUUGUGAAAAAUGGAGGUUGGUAUUCUGCAAUAAAAAUAUCCUGACUUU